GAUUUGGCAAUUGCUAUGGCCUCGAAUAUGCUUCUUGCAAGACGAAGAUAGCCCUGCAAUUAAGCGACGGUCCGAAGGGAACUUGAACAGGCGAGAAGCGUCUUUGGUAAUUCUUUUGCAGGUUCAUUGGAUAUACCGCUACCUCAUUCUUGGCGGUGAGCGAUAGCGACACUGGCGACUGAAGAUUAUUCUUCCAGUGGCACAUUAUUGUCCACGAAUUGUCCAUUCCAAUCAUGAGCCGAGGAAGGGAGCUACCUAAGCAAACCCAAGAGAGUCUGCUUUUCAUCAGCGCCAACCCGUCCUCGAAACAAGAGAGAUCAAACACUCUUCGGUUGGUACGAUCGCAUGUUGGACGAUGGAGGCAGAAGCAGAUUCGAAAGGCCAAUCAUCAAAGUAUCGAAUGGAUUAACGAUGCGCAGGUGACUUCUUUAGAACAUAGGAGUACUGCACGCGAAGAGAUUGAGCCUUUUACCUCGACGCCUUAUAAUGAAUCUCCGUUUUCUGAUCCUUUCUCUUCACCCCUUGUGGUAGAAUUGGCAUCAUCGAGGGAGGACGCCGUAGAAAAUCAAGAGGAGCUUCAGAUACAGGCCCGGGACGCGGCUAUAUGGGACACCGCUAUUACUGCUUCCCGACAAAGUUCCAUGGAACGAAGCACAAUAUCAAACCCGAGAUGUAUAGAUGCAAAUAUCCUUGAUCCCUUUCAGGCUCAUGUUGUUUCUCCAUUAUCGUCGAAACUUGUCAGUGCAUCAAAUAAGUACUCACUUUCUACCUUAUGGCCAGGAUUAAUGCCACUUUCAUGCACAGGUAACACUCAUUCUGGCGUACAAAAUUGGUUCUCCAGCUCCAGAGUUCAUCCCGCGCUACAUAGCGCGAUGUUAUUCGGCUCUUAUUCCCACCGCCGGGCACAAUGGCUCAUGAAGGGCCAAGGCCAUUUUGGUGUCGAAGACAUGAACCAUAUGAGGAUUUGUGAAAACGAAACAAUCUCAAGGAUCAAUGUUGCGCUACAGGACGAGGUGCAAGCAGUCUCCGAUGCCGUGAUUCUCUCCGUUUUAUGCCUCGCCACGAAUAAAUAUGAUGGCGCUGUCUGGGAGCCAGAUGCCCAAGAUGCCCAAUCACCUUUCGCAGCCCCGUUGCGAAGCUUGCAGUGGCUUGAUGUCUACGGGCGAUUAUCGCCGAAUCCCGUUCAUCAAGCGGGGUUGGCACGUCUUAUACAACUCAGAGGCGGGUUAGAAAAAUUAAAGCUUCCAGGCCUGGCUGCUGUAAUAUCCUUUUCCAGCGUAUUGGGCGCUAGCAAGUCAUUAUCACGACCGCACCUUCCAUUUAUUUCUCUUCAAAAUGGGCAUCAAAUGGUAUUGCAGGAUAUCCUGAAUAUUCAAGACCCGGGUAUACCCGAAGACCCCUUGGUAGAAAUUCACAUAACGCCAGAAAUGCAUGAUGUCUUUCGAGGACUGCGGCAAUAUGUGUCACUCGUUGAAGAAUAUCAACAUGGAGUCGAGAGAAUUGACCAUAUAAUAUUGUGUGAUCAUCGCAAUCUCAUACAAUGGCACGUCAUGUCUUUGUUGCCUGCCAGUCAGCUGGGACCAGUAAUUCUUCCAUUUUGCCCGAUGUAUGAACCGUGUCGUCUCUCACUCAUGAUUUUCGCAAUUGGAAUCACAUUCCCCUUGCCUCCUGAUACAGCUUCCUUGGCCAAACUUGCAAGGACAUUGCAAAUAGAGUUAAAAUGCCUCGGUCAAAGUGAUAUCUUCAAAAAUAACGAAUCUACUGAGAUGUACUACUGGUGUUUGGUAAUAGGUGGGAUUGUUGCCACCGUGCCGGAGAGAGAAUGGUUUGUCCAGGAACUUGUGCGCUGCACUGGAACCUAUGACGUGUCAACAUGGAACGAUCUGGAGGUGGUUUUGAAGCGCUGUCUGUGGUGGAAUAUCGCUUGCGAUUCCGCAGCAAAGCAGCUUUGGGCGGAGGUAGAGGAUUUGAUGCCUGCCAAUACAGUGAGCAGGAGCCCUAGUUGAUGAACUUGUUCUUCAUUUCACACUCAUAUUAG